GCGCAACUUUGACCGGGUUGAGACCCACAUGACCACUGGAAACAUGGACAACAUCAUCAUCUUUGUGUCCGAGUUCCUCAAUGGAGGGCAGCUUGAAUAUUUGAAGGCUAUCUUUGAGUACCUGAAAGCAACAGAUAGCAGCAGAGACAUUGACAGGAGAAGAAUGGGUUCAACUCCCGAAUGGGAUACUUCAAUGGAUCCAGAUAGUGGGUAUAAAGGAUAUGAAACAACUGAAUCAUACCCAAAGGAUCCAGAUGGGGAAUUGGAAGGUUAUGGGAGGACGGAACCAUACCCAAUGGAUCCAGAUAGUGACUCUGGGGAAUAUGGAACAACUGGACCAUACCCAGUGUAUCCAGAUAGUGGAUUUGGAGGAUAUGGAACAACUGGACCAUACCCAGUGGAUCCAGAUAGUGGAUUUGGAGGAUAUGGAACAACUGGACCAUAUCCAAUGGAUCCAGAUAGUGGAUUUGGAGGAUAUGGAACAUCAUACCCAAUGGAUCCAGAUAGUGAAUCUGGAAAAUAUGAAACAACUCGACCAUAUCCAAUGGAUCCAGAUAGUGGAUUUGGAGGAUAUGGAACAUCAUACCCAAUGGAUCCAGAUAAUGACUCGGGAGAAUAUGGAACAACUGGACCAUAUCCAAUGGAUCCAGAUGGAAGAUAUAAAACAACCGAAUCAUAUCCUAUGGAACUGGAUAGCAACUGGCCCGUAUACUAGCAAUGAUACGGAUCAAAAGAGAAUUUCAGUUCCUUAAUUGUGCGAUUGGUGAUUUUGAUGAAUGAGAUAUGAACAAAAUCAAAGUCAACAACGGAUUCUGAGAACUCAUAGAAAGCCACUUUUUGUUAUCAGUUUAUUUCUAGAAGUUUGUCUCUGUUAUUACGAUAGAAUAUUUUCUGUGAUUCAUUUCUUUGAAAACAUAGAUAUGAAAACUGAACUAUGUACAGGAUUUUUGUAAAGCUAGCAGGGUAUUUUCUAAACCAUGCUUAUUGACUUGUUUUCGAGGGUAACAUAAGUUUUGUCCAACCCGAGGGCCAAAGUGACUGAGGUCGUUUUUGUCAGCCAAUUCCUUGUUUUGUUUAUGAACUUGUUCACGGAAAACCUAGAUCUGUAUUGAAGAAGAUGGAUAACAUAAUUGUUUUGGAUUAGCCCGUUUACACUUAGCAGUGUAGAAUUAUGAACGUUACUUUGACAGCAACUAGCUGCAGAAUCUCUUGGAAAGAAAAUUCGAACAGAAAUAAAAUGCUCUUCUAUGUC